AUGGGAGUGGACGCGCAGGACCGUGGCGGAGAUGUGGAGGUCGAUGUGACGAAUGUCGCCGAACAAGGUGCUGGUCGUGACCCGAUGUCAACCGGCGGGAGAGGCACAAAUGCAGCGUCGAUUGGGGACAAGUCUCGUAGGAAGGCACCGGCGCAUGGUCAGCCAGCAUUGACCACCUCUUUUAAGUCGGCGUUGGUAGCCGCACUCCCCAACGUGAAGCGUCUGGAGGAGGAGAACAGGAGACUCAGAGGCGAGAAUACAGGGUUGCGGUCGGCGCUGGAUGCCGAGAAGGGUCGGACGAAGGGUUUGUUGGCGACGGCGGCUGGAUGCCUCGAGGGUGUCAAGUCGCUGACCGAACGCGUCGUCGCGGCAGAGCAGACGGCCGGGACACACGUCUCCAAUGCCACAGCAGCGAUGAGCACCGUUUUCGCCAAGGUCCUGGACGAUUGGGUGGCGUUGGUGAAAAUGUGCGGCAGCAUGGCGGUGCCAUUGGUGGGGGAAAUCACCAAGGAAUUGGCCAAGCUCGGCGCUGAACGCAGUGAAGCCAACCAGCGGUUGGCGAACCACGUGUCCGCCGUGGCGGAGAACGUGAAGGUUGUCGGGCCGCCCGUUGGCGUUCAAGCACCGACGAUCACCUUGCAGAUUGACCAGGUCCCUGCUCAAAUGGUCGGCGUGGAGGAGGAGGACCCCAUGGCGAGAGCUCUGAUGGAGGAGCUUCUGGUUCUUCAGGCGCCUUCGCACCAGCCACCAGUCGCCUCUGCCAACGCCGCUGUACCAACACCUCACGUCGGAUUGCAACCCGUCGCCGGCGUCUCAACGAGUGCGCCCUGCACGGACCACACAGUCGCCGCUCCCAGACCACCGAACCCGGUCGCGGCCGAGAGCUUUGCGCGUCAAGCGGCAGCACCAUCCGCUCAUCCGCCAAGUGGCCCCAACGUUCCGCCGACCGCGUGCCAACACGUCGCUGGUCCAACACCUCCUACGGAAUCGGUGUCGACCAUGCUGCUGGCCGAGAUCAACGCGCGUCAAGUGGCUGCGCCUUUCGCCCCUCCGCCAACAACUGGCAGCGCAGCGCCGACCACGCAGCACACCGUCGCCGAGGUGACGCUCUCGGACCCGGUCUCGGAUAUGCUAAUGGCCGAGAUCACCGCGCUUCAAGCGGCAACACCUUCCUCUUAG